UUUUGUUCCAACUGAGGUUGUUUUAAGGAGUCCAGGAGCAAGAAUGGAUGAAGUAGCUAUUGAUGUGUACUGUGGUAUGGACAGUACUGUAUUCAUUACUGAAAUGGGACGAGUUUUUGCCUGUGGAAAUAAUGCCGAUAAUAAAAUUGGAAUAAAUAAAAGAGAAACUUUCAUCAUGCAAAUGAAGAAAUUAUUAAACAAACAUCAUUUGCAAGUCCCCUAUUCCAUCAAUCCGCUGCCUAUUAAAGACUUAGGGAAGCACAGAAUCAUUGACUGCUCAUUGGGAUCAACUCAUUCAGCAUUCCUCACUGAGACUGGCCUUGUGUAUACUUUUGGACGUAAUAAUCACGGUCAGUUAGGAUCAGGGAAUGCACUCCCUAGAGAAAUGGCAGUGGUUGUUAAAGGAUUGAAGAAUAAACCAAUAAUGGUUACUUGUAGUGAGCUCGCUACUGUAGUUGCCACUGAGUGUAACACGUUUCAUAUCUGGGGCUCUAGACCAAUCAUACAAUCACCGCUAUCAACACUGCUGUCAGGACAACCGACUGAUAAAGGUUAUUGUUGA